AUGACGCCCCCCGCUUCGCAGUGCCGCCGCGCCCUCCAACGCCAGAUAGUCCCUUCGAAGGACUCAAUAUGGAUUACGGAUGGCUUGCUCGCCAGCGCAUUUGAACGGUACUGCUGCGUGUCGAGGACUUGGAACAGAAAGGCUAGCAAUGUCCCGGGACCGCUGGAGAGCCAACGCCGACUCGGACGGCGGCGCAUGGGGGACGCCAGCACAUGGCAUUGUCCACCAACACCACCAUCCUGGGCGUUUCUGGCACCGUUAAACCUAACACAAUGGACCUGGAAACCGCCAUCAUUAGCUCCCACCCGAGAACGCAACCAACUGCGACACGACGACAACACCUCCACCGAGCCCAUACCGUUGUUACCCCGAUUGUUACGAGAGUCAGCGCCUCAAGGGGCUGAACGACCUCUCGCGGCUUCUACAAGUGCGGCAUUACAUGAUCCGAGUCUGUCACCCGUUGUCACAACGCCGUCUGACCCAUACGCAGCCCUCAUGGGUGGUUUCCGGUGGGCGGUUACCCAUGCCGACGAUGAGCGCCUCGCAUCCUACACCGGGAAGCUAUGCAGCAGGUUGAGGCACCUUAUUGUACUUGGAGAGAUCCCGCCCAAUGACGUUCUACCGCUGUCGAAAGAAGUAUGGGACAUGUUGGGCUUCCAGCCGACGAUACGCUCUGUAACCUUUUUCGUCAAGGUCAUGGCGUCGAUGCCUAUGACGCACCGACCCGACGUUUAUGACGGCGUUCUCUCCGUCCUUGGCUGUUUUUUUUCGACCUGGAAUUACUCGCGAGUAACGGUCGGGGGAUCCGAGACCAGGCGGCUGAUGGACAUCGCCAUCUUGGGAGAGCUGUACGAGAAACAGCAAAAGCUCUCGGCUUUACCUGCCUGUCUACGACAGGCCAAGGCGAUUUCAGGCACCCUGCAGGGCACUACCCCGGAAGAGACGAAGCAGUUACUCGCGGCCGCCCACCGCCUGGUCUUCGCGGCAACAGGCGCCUGGCAAACAGGUCGACACAACUUGCGAUACAGUUGGCUUUAUAUGCUCGCCCAAAAUUCCCACGUCAACGAAGACUUCAUCUUCGAUGCUGCCGCCUCUCUAUCCCACUCGUCAUUGAACAUACAGCCUUUGUCGAUAGUAGAGGUGUCGUCGCUGCUACUAACGCAAUGGGCGAGCCGAGGAUACCUCAAGGCCCCCAAGGACGUUUAUCGAGCUUAUAGGCGGCAUCGUGGAAAACGCGACGAAGCGGCGCUCGCGGCGCUUUUCCUCGGAGUAUUUUCCCGCGGGAAAGGAGAGACUAGGAAGGGUCUAUACCGGAGCGCAUGGAAACUAUUGACCAAGCUACAACAGACGGAUUACGUGAUGCGAUCGUUGCUGUUUGACACGCUCACUGGGAAACUGCCCGUGCGCAUGCUCGAAGACCUCGCGUAUACAUCCAACGACCACCUUACGGCAAUCCACCUCCGCGAUUUGUGGUCGCAAGAAGUCAGGACCAAAGACCAACCGCAGUGGUUUCCGGGCGCUUUCGACAAGUACGCUGAAAACAUUGUCCGCGACCCGAAAAUCCCGCCGAAAGAAAUAUGGCGCGUCUUGGACAUCGGCAAGCUGGAACAGCAGGGGACGACAUUUAAGAGCAAGAUCCAACGCCACCGCGGUGCGUUCGGGAGACGCCGGGCGGCGGUCGUGGAAAAGGUGGCCAAGGCGUUUAUGGAAGCGCCCCAUCUCUCGAGCCGCGCGACCCUCCGCCACGUAUCGCGGUCGUUUGCGUUCCUCAAGGUAAUCAGGGGCAAGGUCCCGGACUUCAUCAUCCAAGACAUGUAUCGCAUUGUCACCAAGGACCUGUGGGAGGAGAAGCCCGGGAGGACAAAGCGGCUGCUGUGGUUUCUGAGAAUUGUUGAGAGAAGGCACGGCCUCGAGAUGGCCUGGUCGUGCCGUCUUGCGCUGAGGCGCUGGAGGGCCAGGUUGCUGCAGAAUUGGAUCAGCAAGGGCGGGGGCAGGCAGUUUUGA